AGAGGUUUGAACAGCUGUGAAAAGGCUACAAACAGGUCGAGAAGGCUGAUGAGGAAUGUCAUUUUUGACUUUGUUAAGAACACCUCGGUACUGUGGAAGGAGUGGAAACUGAUUAAAGAGAUUCAAACCUUGGGCCGUAACUUCUGAUGGAGUGGCAAUUGAGUUAGAUUGCCACACUGUUUGAAAGUUUGUUCCUAUCUUGCCCGACCAUCCAACUCAGGCUGGGCAAGAUCUGGGCAGUGCAGCGUGUCCUCAGGCCCUAACAUUGAGGGCUGUCGAGUCGCAGCUAAGGAAGCCAGGCCCGCUUUUUUACGGCACUUGUUGCUGUAAACCAGCUAUUCCCAUGCACUGAACACUGAUCGUUGUCAGUCCACGUGGUGAGGGGAUAGGACACAAAGAGGAACCUCAGACCUGCUAGCAAAGCCAACCGGCAGCCUGGAUUCCCAAUAAAUCACAGGACAGGAAGACGGGCCCUCAAUCAGUUACAGGACGGUGCACGGCCUUCUGGGAAUCAAACUAUACGAAUCACUGAAUAGUUUCAGCCUCUCUUAAAGGAAAUGGCAGGACCUUUACAAGCUGGAAAAAACUGGUCCCAAACUGAGCUGAUGGAAAGGGCAUCUGGAGGGCUCGCACUCAAAGGAAUCUUUGUCAGUAAAGAUAUGAAUGAUAUGUUAAAGGAACGGGAAAGAAUGCUAAAAGUGCCAGAGACCUGCUGUCUAUUGGGCACAUCCAUGUCGCCUAGGGAACAAACUGAGAGUUUUGUAUCUCGCACACAUGCAGUAAAUUCUAAACAGUGUAUGGAACAGCUGGGUCUCGGUAUCAGAAACAAGCUCGAGAUUGGAUUCUUGGGCUUUAAGCUUGAUGUUAAGGGAGAGUAUAACAGCUCUAGCAGUAGCUCUACCUCUGCCAGCACAGAUAGCACAUAUGUCUCUUUGUGUAAGAUGGUCAUUAUACCUAUGGCCAGUGUUGAGUUGAACCAAAAGGACCUGACACUGUCAGGAUCUGCUGUAAAUUCUCUGAAAGAAGUUGAAACUAAUCUGCUCUAUCAGGAGUCAGAAGAUAUCAAAGAUGCUUCUUGUCAGCAGUUCCUUGAACGCUAUGGAUCACAUGUAAACAGCAGCAAUAUUCAGUUUGGGGGUAUUUAUUUAACAGAAGCAGCUAGUGAUGAAUUGAAACACAAAGAGAAAGACCAUUGUGAAAAAGUAAUGAAAACACUGGUAAACACAGAUUUACACACUGACAUUUUAGGAUCUGCCAACGCCAGUGUUUCAGCCUCUGCUUCUUACUUUAAAUCUAACAUUAAUUAUUCCUGCAGAGAGAGUCUGUUAGAAAAAAUAAGUAUUUCUAUUACCAAGAUUGGUGGCCCUGUUGAAGCAUCAUCGCUAGAAGACUGGAAGGCAGGAUUACAGGCUCAAAACAGCACCUGGCGAGUCAUUGAUCGUAGCUCUGUUCACAACCUAGUUCCUGUCUGGAAAGUAAUUUUACAGAACCACAGAAGAGACUUUAAAAAUUAUCAGUUAUUAAUGGAAAGCUUGCAGAGAUGCUGGGAGAGGAAGACUGGGCUAAAGGCUGAAGAUGUAGAAACUGCAGAAGUGUUGGAAGUUUAUACCAGUGUUAAGGAUCUGGUACAGGAAGUAAACAAAUGGAAUACAGCCUCGGAAUUGGAUUUUGUUACCAACUGUAUCACGAACGUUUCCCAGUGUGCAAAAAUUAAAUCCUCUCUGAAGAAGCAUUUUACAAUAGACACAAACAAAUUGUGGUACCGUGAAUUUAUUUGCAACAGCUCCAUUCAGAUAUUCAUCAGUAAAGUUUUACAGUGUGUCGCAGGGAAAGGCAUUGCGGAUGUAGACAAAGUGUAUCUGAAAAUUCGACUGUCAGAUCUGCUGCAACCUGAAAGAAUGAUACGGAGUCUGGAUUUUCCAAACAUUUCAUCAGUCUUGCAGCAGCUGACCGACGUUCCCAGCAAUAAGGAAGAGUUAACCUUCUCCAGUUUUGCAGAAACAAAAGAACACAUCAAGAAACUGGAGAGAAAAUUGCAGGGACUGGAUGUUGGGAAUGAAUCCCAAAGAAAAGUCUGCAGUGAGCUGGGAAAAGCAUUGUUUAAACUGCAGCUGUUCUACAAACAAAGUGGAGAUCAGUACAUAUCUUUCCUCUUGACUGCACUUCUGCACCCAGUGUCCUAUGAACCCAGUGGAAUACUGAAUCAGCCAUUAACAGAGAAUGACCGUAAAUACCUGAUCUCUCAGUUAGAUAAAAUUGAAACCUACAUAAGUGAGAUGAAGACAAUGGAGACGACACAACGCCAAGCCUUCCUGCUCUAUAAAGCACUGACUGCCAGAGUCACUGAGUCACAAAAUAAAGAUCCCAGAGCAGUACUGCAGACUAUGUGUGAAGAAAUGAACCAAGAGAUGACACCACAAGUCCGUGAGUCAGUGAUGACCCCGAGUGGAACCCUUUUAUCAGACAUGGAACUUCUAAAAGUAACAUUAAAGCAUUUAUCAACAGACAAAGAUACACAGGAAGAAAAAGCACCAUCUGAAGAUAGUGAACCAUUGGUGAGAUCUAUAUGCAGUGAUCAGAGGGAAAACACCAUCAACAAGCACUCGGAUUCUCUCAGCGAUAGGACUGAGCUGUCAAACAUAUCUCACAAUAAUAGGCCACCCCAAAUUGUAAAUGACUUGGGAUUACAAGAUUAUUAUCCUCACAAAUUGUCACUAAAUUUCAUGCGGGAGGUUUGCUGGGAUAAACUGAAAGACAAUAAGCCAAGUCAGCUGAAAGAUAUCCCUUGGCAUUUUCUCCAAAGAAUCCUUUCUGCCAAUUCAAUAGCGAGGAAUUCUGAAUGGCCACUUGCUCAAGAAUCAGAAGGUGAGACUGAUACUGAUGAAAAUUUCAGUGGUUUCUUUGAAGAAAAAGAAACUCAGAUUUCUGGGGUUAACCCUCUAGAUAUCAUUGCUGCCAUUUUCCUCUGUGCAGAUUACUUUCUGCAGCAGGAGCUGAUGCUGAAGAUGUCUCAGUGCCAGUUUGCAUUACCAUUUCUACAGCCAGGCCAGUAUACUGCAGAAAAGGAGGGGGAUUCCACAGAUGGACCUCCUGCCACUCUUCUCCUCUGGGCCAUGCGGUCUAUUAUUAAAAAAUGGUGUCCAGAAUCCCUCACAAAUAGCAACAGCUUUGUGGAGGAGCCCAUCGUAACUGCAGCCAUGCCAACCAUUUCCUUCAUCAGACUUGGAAGAUGCAGUAUCUCCAAGUCUAAAAUUCUCAACCUUACCUUGAGCCAGACACAGCUGCAGCAAAAUAUCUUCCUGCACUCUGAGAUGGAACGUGGGAAUAUUCCCCGUGGAAUAUCCGAUGGACUGGCAGAGAUCUGCUGGUAUCUCCCCUCUGGGAAAAGAAAUCUGGACACGUUCCCCGAGGCUGCUGCAUUCAUUAACCUCCGAGGUGAUGCUGAAUCUUAUCAGAGAAACACUCGGUUUCUUGCUGAAGUCUCUGCUGCUCUCUUUAUUUUCAUUGAUAUAAUUGGUCAGAAGGAAAGAGAAUUCCUCACUUCUCUCACUCAGUCACCAGCAAAAUUCUUUCUCAUAAUAAACUCCCCUGGCAGUCAGCAAAAGAUAAACCCAGUUCAGACAAAGAAACUGUUCCAAGAUCUAAAACUGAAACCUCAACAAUGCAUUGUUCGGACAAAUAUGAAUGAUGCAAAACUUGUGGAAAAUAUUUGUUCCAGAAUAAAGCAAAUGAUUCCAACUCAUGAAGGAGCCCAGACCUUCCUGAACCUGGAGCAAAUGGCUGAUAUUGCAAGGAAAAGUGGGAUUGGGGUCGAUGAACAUUAUCAUCAAAUACAACAAGGCAAACAGCGCGCCUCUGAUAUAUUGAGAAGUCUUAACCCUGGAGCCAUUACUGAAUACAAAGGGAGAGUAUUGCCCUUCCAUGGUAAGCCCUGGAAAGACUGGUCUCAGUAUGAGAAAGAGAAGUCUCGCAUGAAACACCGUGCGGACAAGACCACAGAGGCAUAUAAAUAUGAACUGGACCAAAAGAAGAAGAAAAUCCGACAAGCUCAACUCCAGCAGCGUCAGUCGAAAGAGCUGAAGGAAUUCAUUAGAGUGCUGACAAAAACCUGUGGAGAAGAGAGAGAUUUUUUCCUAAAAUGGCUGAAGUUCAACUUGGAUAAUACAUCAAGAGAAUUAAUGUCAAAAUUACGUAGUCGUUACAAAGAGCUAUACAAAAACUCAAAGCAGAAUGCGAGUAAGCUGAAGGAUUUGGAUCAGGAGAUGUCUGACAGUUCCCUUGGACUUGAGCACUUCAUGAGGGAACUCAGCCAGGUUUAUGAAGUUUCAGUGACAACGGGUAAUAAGAGAGAGGUAGACCCAAAUAUAUUGAGGUUACCGGCUGUUGCAGCUGAACUAUUACUGGAUGGGUUCCCACUGGAGCUUAUUGAUGGAGAUGUUUCCAAUAUUCCUGUUCAGUGGGUCAGAGCUGUGCUAAAUGAAGUGACCAAGGUGGUGGGAAUUGCUUCCCGUGUGUUUGUGGUGACAGUGAUUGGUGUCCAAAGUACUGGGAAAUCCACACUCCUAAAUACAAUGUUUGGUUUGCAGUUUGCCGUGAGUAGUGGCAGAUGUACACGAGGAGCCUUCAUGCAGUUUAUCAAAGUCACGGGGAGCCUAGCAAAAGAUCUGGACUGUGAUUUCAUCCUGGUAAUUGACACUGAGGGGCUGAAAGCUCCAGAACUCGCAACCCUUACAGACAGUUAUGAACACGAUAAUGAGCUGGCAACAUUUGUAAUUGGAUUAAGCAAUUUAACUUUAGUAAAUAUGGGGAUGGAAAAUCCCACAGAGAUGAAAGAUGUUCUGCAGAUUGUUGUUCAUUCCUUAAUCCGCAUGAAGCAAACAGGAAAAGGGCCAAUUUGUCAAUUUGUCCACCAGAAUGUUGGAGAUGUGUGUGCACAUGAUCAGAACCUGAGGAGUCGUCAGAAACUACUGGAACAAUUGGAUCAGAUGACAGGUGCUGCAGCUAAACUGGAGAAGUUAGAGCAAGUAAAAUUCUCUGAUGUGAUGGACUAUGACCCUGAUAAAAGCAACUGGUACAUCCCCGGUCUAUGGCACGGCACCCCACCGAUGGCUGCAGUCAAUACUGGUUACAGUGAACAUGUCUUUGAACUGAAGAAGUGUCUGGUUCGUUGUUUAUUAAAGCGUAGCCAAUCUGAAAGAGCUUUAACAAUUCCAGACUUUAUCAAAUGGAUGUCUGGCCUUUGGGAGCAGGUGAAAAAUGAGAAUUUCAUUUUCAGUUUUCAGAAUAGUCUGGUCGCUGAGGCUUACAACCAGCUCUCCAUGAAGUUCAAAGACUGGGAAUGGGAAAUCCGCAAAUUCGCCCAUUCGUGGACAAAUGAAGCUGAAAACACAAUAAAGAAUGACGAUGGUGAUCUAAACCGACUGCUCCCAGAACUGGUAUUGGAGAUCAGGAAAGAGAUUGACAACAGAGAGAAAAACACUCUUGAUAAACUAGAAGCACACUUUGAAAGUGGGGCUGAUAAUGUGCAGCUAAUGGAGAAAUACAAGGAACAAUUCAAACUAAGCAUUUCCAUGUUAUGCAGCCAGCUUCAGGACAAUUCAAUACAGAAAUGUAAGGAUACUGUCAAUAGACAUGUGGGAUUACAGAAAGUGGAUGCUAUUUGGAAUGAAUGUAAUAAGAAGAUUGAAGCACAAGUCAAGAAGCUUUUACAAAACUGUAAAGAAAUUCAGCAGGUGUUAGGUGAUGAAGAACUGAAAACUGCCUUUGAAAUGAUGUGGCGUAAUACACUCACCGAACUGAAUUAUCAGCCCUGCACAGUAAGAAACAUUGAAGUGGAGAUUGAAAAUCUUCUGAGACAGGACACAAAAGCACAAGGGAGAGUGAUUAAUGAAAAACUGGAAAGUAAACCCCUCUCUGUGCUCGGGGCCCACAGCUUUCAGAUCAUGGAGAAACACAUCAACCUAUUUAAGAAGACCAUGGUUAAGAGAUUAGCAAUUUCUGUCCAACAAUCAGAUCUUGAACGAGCGGGAGUAAUAUCAAAGUCCCUUGAGACUAAAUGUAAGCAGCAUAUCGAUGAAAUUGCAGAAAGGGACAUGGAUUACGAUAAUAAAUAUUGUAUUGAAUUUUUGAACGACAUCGAGAAAACAAUCAACAACAUUUCAGAUUCAGAGUUUUCAAUGAGUGAGAUUUUUAGGGCAGAGUUUAAACUUCACAUAUGUGGUUAUGCUGCACAAAGAUUCAAGGUUAUGCAUACCAGGUUUAUCAAUAAACACGACCCACGGAAGAGACUAGAAAGCAAAAAAGAUCUAUACUUUGAACUUUUCAUGGAUAUUUACACAGAGCAGGAUCAGAAUCAGAAACAAGCAGAACGAUUUGCAAAAUCUUGUUAUAUGCCAGCGAUCAGAGAUGCUGUGCUAAAGAAUCUCGGCAUGAAAAUUGUGGAUGAUAUGAAAAAGACUGAUCCUAAGGGAAAGUACAAGCUCCGCAAUAACUUUGUUGUGGAACCUCUGGUCCAUUUAAAACAAAUGAAUGACUUUGAAGACUAUUACAAGUAUAUCAAUGACUUUGAGAAUUUUGCAAAGAAGUGGCUCCAUGAACAGGUUAUUGUACACUGCAAAGAACAAUUUACAGGAGAGAGCAAGUUUGCACAUCUAGCUAAAGAAAUCCUCACAGAGAUCACUGAUCAAGCUAAAGAGGUUGUUCGAGAUGCAGUGACCCAGAAUAUUUCUGGAAGUGCUCAGAGUUUCCUUGAUUUGUUUGUUAAAAAGUUAAAGUCAAGAAUCACAAUGUGCAAAGAUGAGAUCAAAAUUGUUCUAUUCCAAACUGACAGCAAUGCCAAGAAAUUUGCAGAAGCAGUUCUACUGUCUAUUGCAGAGAUCGAGAAGCUGCUCCUCAAUGAGGUUACAGGCUGGGAUGUUGAAGCAAAGAUUAAAGAAUUAUCUAGAAAACCAAAUGAGGAACUAUUUAAAGGGUUAUUCUGUUGCACAAAGAAAUGUCCUUUCUGUGGAGCUUUUUGUGAGUCAGAGACCACUCAGCACGGGCAGCAUUUCACUAAACAGCACAUACCUGAAGGACUCAAUGGUUAUCGAUGGCUUAAUAGCCAAUGUCUUUCAAUGGAUAUUUGUACAGCUUCAGUAGCAAGCAACGCAUCAUUCCAAAAUAAAGACACAGGUUUUGAAUUCAAUCCCUUCAAGGAUUACCAAUUAGUCAAUGCUUACUACAAAUCCUGGACUAUCCAAAGGGAACUCUCUGCAGAGGCAACAUCCUAUUGGAAAAGGGUUUUCUACAAUUUCAAUCGGGAAUUUGCUGGCAGAUAUGGAGCGAAGCCUGCAGAGAUUGGCUCUGCCUGGAACAUUAAGUGGGAAGAAGUCAGGGAACAUCUGAACAAAACGUAUAACACAGAUAUUCAGUCUCUGUAGGAUCCCUUAAUGACACUUCUCAGUUCAAGUGAGCACAAACAUCUCAAUUACAAAUUAGAGUAUAUGUGGAAACCAGUCUAAAAUUUCAUUACAGUAAAAAUUUAAAUCACAUUGGAUUAUAUAAGAUAUGCGACUAAUGUGGAGCAUCUAAGACACUCCAACAAGUCAGCUGUGAGAUGAACCCAAGUAAGUUUAUUGACAAAAAUGCACACACGGGAGAUCAAAACAUCGCAACAAUGCAGAGCUUUUCCCGUACAUUUAUAGCAGAUUUUGAAAGCAUUACAGCAUUAAUUAUGAUUAUGUGAUACCUUGUUCAUACUUUCGAGCUCGGGUUUGCUGUAGAGUUAUUAAUAGAGGAUUGAAUAACUCCAAAACGGAGGGAUUGGGAAAAUACGCCACCACUUAUAAAGAGGGAAAUCAAAAAUCAAAAACACCUUUUCUGAUUACAGACAGGUGGUGAGAGGAGAAAUCAGGGCUGUUUGAAUUAAACCCCCUCCUAUCCAUAACAGAAAUUGGGGGCUCAAUUUCGGGAUAACCAAUUUGAAUUGGACCAGAAUCCAAGUUAAGAGAUGAGCCAAAUUUGAUACAAAAGGUUCAACUGGAAGCAAAAAGAGGAAAAUUCAGCGGCUGGAAUGAAUUUUAAAA